AUGAGUCUUAUCAGUUGGAACUGCCGAGGGCUUGGUAACCUUCGGUUAGUUCGAGAUCUUUGCCAGAUGGUAAAGGAAAAGAGACCAAGUUUCGUGUUUCGUUUGGAAACUAUUAGCACGAAACAUCGCAUGGAGUUACUUAGAGUAAAUAUGGGGUUUGUUGGAGCUGUUGUUGUGAACCCGAUUGGCAGAAGUGGUGGGCUUGCGUUAAUGUGGAAGGAUGAUUGUAAUUUAGAAAUUUUCAAUUAUUCUCGGAGGUAUAUAAACGCAAUCAUCAAAUCUAGAGAUGAUAAUUUUGUUUGGAAAUUCACAGGGUUCUAUGGGAAUCCAGAGACUGCAAAGCGAGAAGAGUCAUGGUCACUUCUUAGACAUUUGAAAACCCAUGCACCACUACCUUGGUUGUGUGUGGGUGAUUUCAAUGAAAUUUUGUCGCAAGAUGAGCAGGAGGGGGACGUUGUUCUCCGUGAAAGACAAAUGGAUGGUUUGCACACUGCAUUGGCAGACUGUCAGUUAGGUGAUCUGGGGUAUUUUGGUUCGAGAUUCACGUGGAGUAAUAAACAUGGCAACAAUACUUUCACCAAAGAACGUUUGGAUAGGGCGGUGGCUAAUAGCGAGUGGUGUGGUCGUUUCCACAUUGUUUCGGCUAUGAUUCUGGCGGCCCGUACUUCUAACCAUAGUCCAGUUCAUGUGUUAUUUAGAGACCAACUGAUGGAGAGGUACUCUUAUAAACGCCGGUUUAAAUUUGAAGAUAGUUGGUAUACCGAUGUAGAGUGCCAGACUCUAAUAGCGGCUGAAUGGGAAAACGACGUUUUGGGGGGAGAUUCCAUGCAUGAUGUGCAACGUUGGCUUUCGACUUGUCAACAAACUUUGUCUCGGUGGAGUCGGGAAAAUUUUGGUAAUGCUGGGAAGUAG